UCGAUGGACGCGGAAGUGGAAACACCAGCUAAAGUAAUAACGCAAGCUUCUGAAGGAGUUAAAGACUCCUUAAAACAAUAUGAAUGACGAAUAUUACCUCGAGCUCAGUGAAAACCCAGUGCUGUUUGAGAACGCGUCGAGCGUCAACAAUGUGUUUUUCGACGAGGCAAACAAACAGGUGUUUGCGGUGCGAUCUGGUGGGGCUACAGGUGUUGUGGUUAAAGGACCAGAUGACAAGAGCUCAGUGGCUUUCCGAAUGGACGACAAAGGAGAGGUGAAGUGUAUCAAAUUCUCAUUAGGAAACAAAAUCUUAGCGGUUCAGCGCACUAUAAAAUCAGUGGAUUUUAUAAACUUUAUUCCUGAAUAUCCACACUUGGAAUUCUCCCAUGAGUGCAAGGUGAGCACUGUGAGGAGCACGUCAGCUACUUUAAGCAAGUGUUUGGAGAAUCCGCUGUGA